AUGUUCAUGGCUAUCUUAAAGACGCCGCCGACCAUGUAUGUCGGUCUGGGAACGGCAUUGAAUAUGUUCGGAUAUCGCGCUCGGGACAAUGGAUUUGGCGUAAGGCACCGAGCUGCGAAUGAUGCUGUUCGGACCCUUGCUGCACUCCACGGCUUGACAUACCAGCGCAACAUUACGGAGUUGGUGUUGAAGCAGUACGACCUCGGGGAAAUCCAGGUAUUCGCAUCUGUACAAUCCCUCAAAUCGAAAUUACACCGCGCCUUCGUUCAUGUAGGAGGUCAUGAACUACCUUCGGAGCUAGACACGACCCAGAAACUGGCCAUUUUUGCCCAUAAGUACAAUCCUAUCGCAGUCGCUGCUGACACCAGUAACCAUCCCCGCCGUCCGUAUGGCGGAGGCAUUCAUACCCCAGGCAUGACUUUUGGAUGCGUCUGCUUCAAGGAUAAGGCAGCCCUCCUUAAGUUCGUACACGCGACGAAUCAUUUACAAUUCGGUCAUGUACGGCUGCGCGUCGAGCGAGCACCAAUGCCGGCCGGCAUCCGCCAUGCGAAGAUAGACAAGGGCACUCCUAUCAGACGAAUGCGACAACGCCGACGGAAGUCGGAAAAGAAGCAGGAAUUCGAUUGCUGGAAGGACAGCUUUGGUAAGCUGUUCGCUCUGCCCGAUAACGAAGCGGGCGUCCCUCGGAGACCAGAAUAUGUAGGCGAACAUAAGACCAGCCAUCAGGAUGUCGCCGCGAAAGGCGAUAUAAUCGAACACAAGGACGCCAUCGACAUCGAGGAAGAGAAUCAUGAGGAAGACAAUCACGAGGAAGUUGGUCACGGGGAAGGUGGUUACGAGGAAGGUGACCACGAGGAAGAUAAUCACGAGGCAGCCAACCAGGAGGAAGAUGGCCAAGAGGAAGAUCACGAGGAAGACGACCAGAAGGAAGAUGACCACGAGGAGAGCAUGUCCAGCCUCACGAUCCAACCCGAGGUCAAGAAGAGAAAAGCGCGGACAGCCUUCUCAAAGCUGGCAGUCAAGAUGCGGCUUGGACGCACGGCAGUGCUUGGCCGCUGA